AACAAACCGAUUACCCAAGCAUGUUCCGUGAUUGUCUUUCCAAGUUUAAGUUUGGGAAAAAGAAAGGUGAAGAGCCAUCUGUACCAGUUCCUGAGAUCCCGUUAACCGUUGAGGAGUCACUCUUUGGCUCCUUGGUUGAGAUCCCGGAAAGGAAACCUGUUUAUUGGGCGUUUCAAAAAAAUAGGAAUCCUCUUAAGGGCGAGCUCCCUAAGAAGUUGAACGCUAUUACUAGAUCACUUCUCCUGCGCUCUGACAAAGUGCUAUUGAAGUAUAAGAACACUGUAUAUGAUGGUCCUUCUGCUUAUCUAUACAGUUUAGAUGGAGUUGAUUGCAUUGAUAGCAAUUUCCUUCCGUCUGUGGAUGAUGAACAAUUUCCACACGUUGAGAUUAAAAGAAAGGGAAGAGGCUAUAAGCUCAAGCAAAGCAUCAAAAGAAAAUUCAGGAAAGCCUUCCCUAAGAAUUCAAAAGAAGAUUCUGGAAUCAAGAUGGAAAAUCCUUUGUCAUUAUCUUAUCAGAUCUCCACCACCGAAAACAUGGGGACAUCUGGGAACGCUUCAUUGUUCACUUCAAAGUCCAUAUUUGGAUUUGAAUUUAAAAAAAUAAAAUACUCUCUUGGUUCAUUCUUUGUUAGUACAGAAGGAAAACCGAAAUCUCAGAAGAAAGUCGAAACCAAGCAUGGUACUCCUGUCAAAAAAUUAAAGCACGAGUUUGAUGAUAACAGCAUUGGAGUCGAUUAUAUUCUAGAAGGUUUUGAUGAUGCAAGUUUCGAAGACAUCAUUAAGACUCGGACUAGGGACGAGUUGAAAAGAAUGGAUAAGGUUUUCGAGGUUGUCUUGGAUCACUUGAGAAAGGGCCUGCAUGAAAACUCAGUGUUCUACCAAAAAACAUACAGCCAACGGAAGUAGCAAAGGAACUAAUGAGAUAAAACCGCUGGUCGACUUUGACAUAGAUAAAGACUCACA